AUGACUGAGAACCAUGAAGACGAAUCGCAAAGUCACGAGGAGGGACCCAGUGAUGACGAGACUGAUGCAUCUGGCGAAUUCACGAUCUCAGAGAUCAUUGAAAAUAGUUCCGUGUCAUCCAAGAGUACAACGUCUAGAACCCGUCGAGAAAAUGAACGUCUACGAUUGGCGAACGAACAGCUGAAAGUCUUCAAUGAGCAACUGAAGAAAGCAAACAAGGGACGCAGCAAUGAUAGUGACAUUGGUUCGAAUAGCACUCGCUCCAGCAGUCGCUCUAGCACUCGCCGUGAAAUUGAGAGACUACACUUGGAGAAUGACAAAUUACGAUCCGAAAUGGCUGAUUUACAGCAAGCGUUUAGAGCUAUUUUGCAAACUUCCGACGUUCCCAGCGCCGCCCCUGUUCCUGACAUUGUGGAUGUAGAAGUAUUUCGACCUGCCGACCGGGAAGAGCUGCUAAGCUUUCAAAUUGAAAGAUUGAAUAACCUUGUUCAAGCUCUCCAGAUGGACAAUGAAGACCUAAGGUCCCUCCUGGUGGGAAAAUCGUCGAGAGGUUCAGGUGGGAGUGUUGCCAGCAGCAUUGCUGUCGCGCCAAUAAGUUUAUGGGAGACGUACCGAACCCAAAUUCUCAAGGGCGGAGCUGUUGUCAUCGUGGUGGGGGCGGUUGCUUACUUUUUUUGGCCUGUCCUUUGUGAAGGCAGUGGUGGCAGAGCAGCGAUUGCACAAAUGGUGUUUGAAACUGGCACAUCUGCUGAAGUCUCGAUCGAACCGGCCCCGACUCUCGUAACCGCCGAAAAAGCCGCCAAGAAGACGACUUGCUCUGUUGCUGCUUCUAUUGCUGCGGCAACCAUUGGUAUGCUCCAGGUAUCCCAAAAUGGAGUUGGACUUCCAGGAGAGGACGACUACUACUAA